CAAUGAUCUAUAACAGACCAAAAAGACAAAAAGAAGUCUACAUAGACCAAUUGUGAUCUAUCAUGGACCAAGGGCUGGUAAAUUACCAAUUUGCCAUUAAUGAAAGUGGCAUGUGAACCAUUGGAUCAAAUAAUGGAAACUCUAAUCUCGGUCGUCCAAUUUUCUUCUUCCUUUCUCUUUCUCUCGCCUGGGUCCCACCCAAAAUCCAUAUUAACUCCCUCACAUCUUCAUCUUCUUCAUUACUCAACCACCCACGAAAAUUCAUUUCAAUCACCAACCAAAGUUCUCUUCUUCAAGUUUUUAUCCACAAACCUUUAAUUCUGUUUCUUAGGGUUCUUCUACAGCUUUUCUCGUCCUUGAAACAGCAAAUGUGCCUCGUCCUUGGUCUUGAAAUCGCUUGGAACUAUGGAUGGUACUGGAGCUGUGGUGAUACAUUUUGAUCAUGGUGGAGACAAAAAUAUUUAUACAUUAGUAAUGAGAGGAAAAUAUGAGGAGAUAACCUAUUCUCGCUUGGUUGAUAGAAUAGGCAAGAAAAUGAAUAUCGAUGUAGCUGCGACGAAGCUUCAACUGAGCUACUAUCCCCUGGUCGUGGAUAAUAAGAGGCCUUGUUAUAUUUUGGAUGAUGAAGAUGUUUUAGGAUAUUUAAUGGAGGUGGAUAGGAAAAACCGGCGUAGUGUUUUGCAUGUGGAGUUUUCCGAAAAUAUCUCAGAAAAUCAGAGUAACGAGCAGUUUUCUAUGAACGAGGAAAUUCAGAUUGAUGCCAGAGCUAAUGAUGGUAUGGCUGGAGUUGAGGAGUUGGCAAUUGUUCCUCAAAACCAAUCAGAUGGGUAUAAUCAUGAGGAGUUAGCAAUUGUUCCUCCAAGACAAUCAGAUAGGUAUGAGCAUGAGGAUUGCAAUGAAGAGGGUGAUGAAAUGAAUGAUAGGGAGGAGUUGCCGGCUGUUACACCAUCUGUAGACACAAUUGUCAAUGCUGAGUGGGAUGAUGGUAUUGAUAUGAGUUUGUAUCAAGAAUUUGCGACUAAGGAAGAGCUGAGGAAUUUAGUGGACGCAGGAGUGCAUUCGAAUUGUUUUGAGGUUGAUAUAAUCAAGACGAAUCGUACUGUUUAUGUAUUGAAAUGUCGUGGGGUUGGAUGCAGAUGGUAUUUACGAGCUGCAAGGCUGAAAAACUCAGCCUUUUUCAGUGUCAGAACGUAUAGAAAGAUGCAUACGUGUACUCGGGGAGAGGGAAGUGUAACCAAGAGGGGGAAAAGAGGAACACCAAGCUUGGUCGCAGGAGUGGUGCAUGAAGAUUAUCCAGGCCAAUACAAGACUCCAGAUCCAAAGUCUCUCAUAAAGUUGGUGAAGAACAAACUAGGUGUCACGGUUUCAUAUUCUACAGCUUUGAGAGGGAAACACAAAGCUGUCAGUGAUUUGCGUGGUAACCCUCAGGAGAGUUUUGCUAGACUUCCAUCUUACUUGUACAUGUUAGAAAGAAUGAAUCCUGGUACCAUCACAAGAUUAGUAGUGGAUGAGAAGAAGCAGUUUAAGUAUAUGUUCUUUGCGCUUAAAGCUUGCAUCGAAGGGUUUCAAGCAAUGAGGAAAGUGAUAAUAAUGGAUGGAACUCACCUGAAGGGUGUGUAUGGAGGAGUGCUUCUCAUUGCCACUGCUCAGGAUCCAGAUCAUCAUCAUUAUCCCCUCGCUUUUGCGGUAGUAGAUGGUGAGAAAAAUGCGAGCUGGGAGUGGUUUUUGACUAUACUGAAAACUUUGAUACCAGAUGAUCCUCAGCUUGUUUUUUGUACUGAUAGAAACCAAUGCAUCAUCAAGAAGGUGCACGAGGUGUACCCAAUGGCGAUCCAUGGAUAUUGCAUUUUUCACUUGUCUAAUAAUGUUGCCGGAGCAUGCAGCAAAGUUAACAAGAAAGGGGUUGCCAGAAAGUUUAGAAAAAUUGCUGGUAUGUACACAGAGGUCGAGUUCAGAAAAAGCUACAAUGAUUUCAGGAGAACGUUGCCUCAAGCCGCUGAGUAUCUAGAUGAGAGUGUUCAUGAGACCAAAUGGGCAAGAUGUCAAUUUCCGGGAGAAAGGUACAACAUAGAUACAACCAACACUGUUGAAUCAAUCAAUGGUGUUUUAAAGGAACCAAGGAAAUAUGCAUUGUUGCCAAUGCUUGAUGUGAUCAUUGGGAAGAUGGUAGAAUGGUUUAACAAAUAUCGUGAUUUAUCUUUACGCGUUCCAGAGAGACAGAUACUAAUUCCCUACGUGCAUGGGAUAUUGCAUCACAGUUAUCCGAAGGCAAAAAAGCUCACGGUGAUGGAGCUAAACAGAUUUGAACGUCAGUACACUGUGAUUGGCAAAGAUGGUCAAGGUUAUUAUGUUGAUUUAGGCAACGGAACAUGCCAGUGCAAGUGUUUUGAUAUUGAUCGGUAUCCUUGUGUGCAUGCACAGGCUGCGAUCAUCGCGCGUGGAGAAAUGUCUGAAGACUAUUGUUCUAAGUAUUAUUAUAUGGAGCAGUGGACUUUGGCAUAUUACAAGACAAUAUAUCCAGUGCCUCAUCAUUCAUUAUGGGAAAGUUAUGAAAUUCCAGAUGAAAUCCUAUCUCAGGUUGUCUACCCUCCGCAUGUGGAAAGAAAGAAAGGAAGACUACAAGAAACUAGAUUUCCAUCAGCUGGGGAAUAUCGGAGGAAGAAAAAGAAGAAGUAUCCACCAUUGGUGUGUGAGAAUGAUGGAAUUGACAGCGAUGAAAGUGGAAGCGAUGGAAUUGAUGAAUGAGUCUUACUUAUGUGUUAUGGAACUUGCUUAUGUCUUGUGAGUCUUACUUAUGUGUUAUGGAACUUGCUUAGUCUUGUGAGUCUUACUUAUGUGUUAUGAAACUUAUUUAUGUGUUGUAGAACUUAUUUAUGUAAUGUGUUGUUUCUGUCAGGUA